UCAGAUCACGUCAUCUGAUGCGGCGUAUAAGGUCGGACAUUGGUCGGACAUCGCUACAUGAAAAUGGCGAUUGUUUACGCAUUGAAACUGUAAAUCUGGGUGUUAUUUUUCGAUUGAGUUAAAUAUAAUGGUGAAGCACUGUUCGUAUGGGACAUGUAAAUCGGAUAGCAGGUAUCCAGAGAAACUUAUGGGAGCAAAAUUCAUCCCAUUUCCGAAGCCAAAGUCUGAUUUGGAGAAAUGUUUACGAUGGAUAUCAUGCUGUCGAAGACCACAUGCCCAGCUUAACGUUGACAAAAUUACGAAGCAUACAUAUGUGUGUUCUAAGCAUUUCAUUUCAUUGGAUGGCCCUUCAGAUGAAUACCCAGAUCCUUGUGAUGCCCAGACUGGUGAACUGCACAGAGCAAGGCGAAAGAUCAUAUACUUGUCUCAACAGUCAAAAUCAGAUGAUUUAAACAGCAAGACCAGUAGUAACAGUACUGAUGAUUCACCAGACUCUCAUGCAAUGGAAUGCUGUUUAACAACACAGACAACUUCAAAUCCUGUCAUAGAUUCCUCAUGCCAAACAGAAGAAGAAUUAUUUUCAUCUAUGGAUGUGCUUUCAUGGGUUGCACAAGUUAGAAAACUGGAGGAAGAAAAUGACAGGUUGCGACAGGAAAUCAGACAGAGAGGGAAAGUUUCUGAUGCUGCUUGCCAAACAGAGAGAGAUACAAAUUUCACUGCUGAAGAAGUUUCAAAGUCAAAGAUCAAAAACUUGUUUGAAUUUUACACUGGAUUAAGUUAUAGUAGAUUUCUCAUGCUUCUUGUGUUUCUCUUUCCAAGUUGUGAAAAUCCAAUCAUUUAUGAAGACAAAAGAAAAGAAACACAUAUUGACAAGUUUCCUUUGUCACAGCAGUUGUUUAUGUACCUUUGCAGACUAAGAAAUGCUUUAAAUGUGAAAGAUUUAGCAUUCAGAUUCAAUAUUAAGGUUCAAACUGUGUCAACAGUAAUUAAUGCGGUAGCGAAGUACAUGUAUUUGAGAUUAGGUUCCUUAAGUUAUUGGCCCCAUCGAAAUACAAUCAUAGGAAUCAUGCCAGAAUCUUACAAACAUGAUUUUCCAAACUGUUUAGCUAUUCUUGACUGUACCGAGCUAAAAACUGAAAAACCUUCAUCAUUGAAACAACAAAGUCAGUGCUAUUCAGACUACAAAUCAUCCAAUACAUUAAAAGCUCUUGUUGUUUGUGACCCAAGAGGGUCAAUUUUAUUUGUUUCGGAUUUAUUUUCUGGAAGUAUUUCUGACAAUGAUAUCAUUGAACAAUGUGGUUUUUAUGAUUAUUUAAAACAUUUGAAAGAAAUGGAGUUUAUUGCUAAUAAUGAUGCCUUAAUGGCUGACAAAGGGUUUCUAAUUGAAAAAGAGUUGGCACUUUUAGAUUUGCAGUUGAAUAUUCCACCCCUUGCAUCUAGUGCUAGGCCAUUUAGUGAAAGCGAUGUAAACCUCACCAGAAAAAUAGCUACUCAUAGAAUACACAUUGAACGUGCCAUCAAUCAAAUAAAGUGUUUUAAAUUAUUGAAAAGAAAAAUUCCUGUGAGCAUGUUUAAUUGUAUUAAUGCACAUUGGUUUGUAGCUGCGAUGUUGACAAAUUUCCAAGAUACUUUAGUAAAGUUUUGAAAAUGAA